AACGCCUCCCUUGGGAGGUGUUUCGGGCACGUCCGACCGGUAGGAGGCCACGGGGAAGACCAAGGACACGUUGGGAAGACUAUGUCUCCCGGCUGGCCUGGCAACGCCUCGGGAUCCCCCGGGAGGGGCUGGACGAAGUGGCGGGGGAGAGGAAAGUCUGGGCUUCUCUGCUUAGGCUGCUGCCCCCGCGACCCGACCUCGGAUAAGCGGAAGAUGAUGGAUGGAUGGAUGGAAAUAUAUAUAUAGUAGAGAUUAAGAGCUGCCUGCAAUCAGUUGAAUAAGCCCAGACCUUCUAAUUCUGUCCUGUGGCCCAAUUCAAUCUCUUAAACCCCGCUGCACUUCACUUUCCCCUCCGCCCUCCCGCCGCACGGUAAAUAAUUGAUGAGCUCGCCUCCCCUUGCUGUUUUGUUUCCAUCCUCUUUGUGGCGUCUCAUUAGGUCCCCCUCGCCUCCAUCAUCAUGUCAUGUUUCCCCCCUGCCGUCCGCUGGUCGUUGCAGGCGCUGGGAAGCCGACGUGCAGCUGCUGUAGCUAUGAGGGAGUUCCUGUUCCUGCUCCUGUUGGCGUCAGCGGCGUCCUCCAGGUCUCACAGCGCCUGGUGUGAAUUAGGCUGCAAGUGUCGUGGAGAUCUGAGGUUCGCCAUCUGCUCGCGGGCCUUCUUCACCCACCUUCCCGCCAGAGUCCCACCCACCACCGAGCUGCUCGACCUGUCCGACAAUCACAUCUCGGUCAUCCCGGAGCGCUCGUUUGGCAUGAACCGCAAGCUGCGUGUCCUUCUGUUGCAGAACAACAACAUCAGCGCGGUGCGAGACGGCGGCUUCUCGCUGCUGGAGUUCCUGCAGAAGCUGGACCUCAGCCGGAACCGGAUCGCCACGCUGGGCGAGGGUUUCUCCGCGGGCUUGGCCUUUCUGCGAGAGCUCCAGCUGGCCCACAACUCGCUGAGCAGCCUGGACAGCAGCAGCUUCGCGCACCUGGACAGCCUGCAGAGGCUGAACCUGAGCGGCAACGGCAUCCACGCCAUCCAGGUGAGGUCGUUUGCCUCCAUGAGCGGCCUGCGGCAGCUGCACCUGCAAGACAACCGGCUGAGCACGCUCAGCAGCGGUAUGUUCUCCAUGUUGCGCUCGCUGGAGGUCCUCAACCUGGCCGGGAACCGGAUCAACGAGACACGGGCGGGGGUGUUCAAGCCGCUCACCAGCAUGACGCUCCUCAACCUGGCCGGCAACCGGCUGAGCAGCCUCUACUUCAAGACCUUCCUGAGCAUCCACACUUACAGCACCCACAUUCUGCUGGAGGGGAACCCUUGGAACUGUGACUGCGACCUGCAGAGGGUGUUCCGGAAGCUGCGGAGCAUCCAGAGACUCUUUCUGGACGACUAUUACAACCUGACGUGCGGGCAGCCCGCGGUGCUGCGCGACUACCGGCUGAUGGAGGUGGACACGGAGCUGUGCCUGGCCGAGACUGUCACCGUGCUCAUCAUCACCGUCACCGUGGUGAUAACCUUGUUGGCCGCCAUGCUGAAGGGGGAGAGGAAAAGGAAAAAGAAGAAGAGGGGGAAACACUGGACGCAACAAGGAGAACGUUCCGAUGAGUCAGACUAUUGAUCACGACCCUUUAUUAAUGUAUGACAUCCAGCAUAUUAUUUCCAUAUAACGUCUUCAGGUCAGUUUUAUUAAGUUUACCUAAAAAAAGGAACCUCUUGUUUUGCGUUUAUUUAUUUUUCUAGUUUUUUGUUGCACAUUUUGCAUUCAUAAAAGCAUAUUUUUACAGUGUUGAAUUGUCCACUUUUAUGAAACGAAAGCUGGUCAAGUUGUCG